AUUGACGAUUGAUGCUUCUAUGGGUCAAUUUAAAUACUCAAAUUGGUCGGAUCCGAUGGCCAGAGCUGACGAAAGAGCUGCCGCUGAUUGUGAGGGAUUAAAGAACUAGGAGAGUCAUGGCCGAAGGAGUUGUAUCAUUCGGAGUGCAAAAGCUAUGGGAGCUGCUGGUUCGGGAAUCCGAACGGUUAACCGGAAUCCAUGAACUAGCUACAGAAUUACGAAAUGAAGUGGCACGGUUAAAGGGCUUUCUUAGAGAUGCAGAUGCCAAGAAACACGAAAGCGAAAUGCUGAGAAACUGUUUGGAACAGAUAAAAGAAAUUGUCUAUGAUGCAGAGGAUACUAUCGAAGCAUUUCUUCUCGGAGAAGGGUUCGCCGAUGGAAGAGAGUGUCUGACUAGGUUUCCUUGCAUCGCGGUGAACCGAAGAGACGUUGAUACUCAGAUCAAUGACAUAACCACCAGAAUCUCCAAGGUAAUGGAAAGUAUGAGAAGUCUUGGCAUCCAAUAUAUUGGUGAAAAUGGAAAUCCUCCAGAGCCUUUAUUGGGAAGAUUAAGGGAGACUCGACAAUCGUUUCCUAAUAUUUCUGAAAGCGAUCUCGUGGGGUUGGAGGAUAGCAUCCAAGAACUAACGGGACGUUUGGUGGAGAAAGGCGAUAUUCGAGUGGUUGCUAUAUGCGGGAUGGGUGGUAUUGGGAAAACCACUCUAGCUAGACAAGUUUUUCACCAUGACACUGUGCGGAGUCAUUUUGACCAGUUUGCAUGGGUGUGUGUUUCAAAACAAUGUAGGCGAAAGUACGUUUGGCAAGAGAUCUUAUUGAGUCUUUGGCCAAAAGAAGAGGAACAUAGAAUCCAGCAAAUGUCAGAAGAAAGACUCCAGGAUGAACUCUUGAAAAUGCUUGAAACCAAUAAAUGUCUGAUCGUCCUCGACGAUAUAUGGAGUGUUGCGGCAUGGGACCUUAUAAAGCCAGCUUUUACUCAAAAGCCAGAUAGCAAGAUCUUACUCACUUCUCGAAAUAAGGAUGUCGCCAAAAAUGCUGAUCCAAGAUGUAAAAUUUUUUAUCCAAGAUGCUUAACUCAUGAUGAGAGUUGGGAAUUGUUGCAGCAGAUCACAUUUUUUGGGAGAGAUGAUAUCGAGUUUAAGAUUGAGGAAGUGAAGGAAGAGGUUGACAAAAUGAUAAAACAUUGUGGAGGAUUACCAUUGGCUAUCAAAACGCUAAGAGGCUUGUUAGCUACUAAACCCACAAUAUUCGAGUGGAGAAGGGUUCAAGAGAACAUCGGAUCUCAAAUUAUAAGACGAAUCAGUCCUGACCACAACAUUAAUGAAGCAUUCCAAGUGUUGUCUUUGAGCUACGAAGAUUUGUCCUUCCGUCUGAAGCAUUGCUUUCUUUACUUGGCCCAUUUCCCAGAAGAUCAUGAGAUAGAUACGAAAAAGUUGUUUCAUUCUUGGAUCGCAGAAGGAGUUAUAGAUAUGUCAUCAGAGGGUACUAAUAGUACAAUUGGAGAGGUCGCAGAAAGCUACCUCGAGGAGCUUGUGAAGAGAAAUUUGGUUUUAGUCUCAGACAUAAAUGAGGCAAAUUCUAGAAUUGUCAGCAUUCGUAUGCAUGAUGUAAUGAGAGAUUUCUGUUUGUUGAUAGCCAAAGAAGAGAACUUCCUUGUAGUUGUCACUGCUGAGACUCACUUCUCAAGCGUCAACUCCUCAUAUCCUCGUAGACUUUCCGUACAUUUGGAUUUAGAUGAUGAGGGACCAAGAACAUUUCAUCAGAGGCAAAUAAGAAACCCAAAAGUGAGAUCUCUUUUGUGUAUCGCUCGAAGGUACAACACUCGUUGGAUUUCAGCUCUGAGAUUUGGAGGAUUGCGAUCACUCAGGCUAUUGGAUCUUGGUGGAGUGGAAUUUAGAGGAGGGAAAUUACCAAAGAGCAUUGGAAAGCUCAUUCACUUGAGAUACUUGAGCUUAUUUGCUACUAAUGUUUCAAAAAUACCGCCUUCUCUUGGGAAUCUGACGUUGUUGGUCUUUCUGGACUUGGGGAUUUUACUCCAAAAGGUUCAUAUGCCCAAUGUUUUGAAGAGGAUGAAAGAUCUGAGUUAUCUUAGGCUGCCUUAUAGACUCAGUGAAGGGACAAAGUUGGAAAUGAGGAGUUUGGUAAAGUUGGAGACUUUGAUCAACUUCUCGACCAAGCAUUCUAGAGUGGAGGACGUUCUCAAUAUGAGAAAUCUUAGACAACUUCAUAUCGAUGUCUAUAGAACAUUGGAUGAGGAGAUUUUACCUUUAUCUCUCAUUACUAUGUUGAAACUUGUGGAAGAGUUUGAGUUGUACCAUCGGAUUUCUGACCCAAUUAAAUUCGAUGUAGGAGGGCUCGUUUCAUGUUUCCCUCAUCUCAACCGGUUAGGUUUGGAGGGUAUAAAGAUGGAGAAGUUACCAGACGAACUCCAAUCCGCUCCCAACCUCGCAUCUAUUACAUUAUAUAAGUGUAGUCUAGGGGAGGAUCCUAUGUCCAUUCUUGAGAAGAUGUCUAGCUUGAAGGAAGUUUUUUUAGGGGAGAGUAGUUUCAUAGGGAGGAAAAUGGUCUGUUCGAGUAGAGGGUUCCCUCAAUUGCGUUCUUUGUAUCUGCUCCUCAGAGAAAAUCUUGAAGAGUGGGUGGUGGAAGAAGGGUCCAUGCCUCGUCUUCGUCGUCUGGAGAUAAUGAACUGCCAAAAGCUGGAGAGGUUGCCUGAUGGAUUGAGAAGCAUCUCUUCUCUAAAGGAAUUGCAUCUCAGAGGGAUGAAAAAGGGAUUCAUGGAGAAGUUGGUCGAAGGGGGAGAAGAUCAUCACAAGAUCCAACACAUCCCUUCCGUCACCUUUCACAGAUGUGACGAAUAACCAAUCAGCAGCAGCGCCGCCAGAGCUCUCUCUCUCCAACCCAACAACUCGUCAGUGCUACCUUACCUUACAGUCUUAAAUUGUUUCAUGUAUUCCUCCACGAUUGUCAGCACCAUCAGAGACAUAUUUUACAACAUCCUCGCUCGGCCAAUCUUAAACUAAAUCCAUGCAUCCAUUUCUAAU